CUCACAAAAAAAAAAAAAUGGCGUCAGACGAUAAUCUAGCUUUGCUCCAAGCUCUGGACACGGCUCGAACACAAUGGUACCACGUGAAAGCUAUUGUCAUCGCUGGCAUGGGUUUCUUCACCGAUGCCUAUGAUCUCUUUUGCAUAACAACCGUGUCCAAACUCUUGGGCCGCCUUUACUUCUACAAUCCAACUAGUCACAACCCGGGAAAGCUCCCAAAAGGCAUUAACAACUGGGUUACGGGUGUAGCCCUGUUUGGAACUCUUACCGGCCAACUAGUCUUUGGUUGGCUUGGUGAUAAACUAGGCCGCAAAAAAGUGUAUGGGAUCACUCUCAUACUCAUGGUGAUUUGCGCCAUUUGCUCAGGUCUAUCAUUUGGAUCCACCUCCGGAUCUGUGAUAGGAACCCUUUGUUUCUUUAGAUUUUGGCUGGGUUUUGGAAUUGGUGGCGACUAUCCUCUUUCUGCCACAAUUAUGUCUGAAUAUGCUAACAAAAAAACCCGCGGGGCAUUCAUUGCAGCGGUUUUUGCCAUGCAAGGUGUGGGGAUUAUAUUUGCUGGUUUAGUUUCGAUGAUUCUUUCAUCAAUCUUCCUUAAGUGCUACAAAGCGCCGUCAUUCAAAGAUGACCCUAUCUUCUCGACCCAACCUCAAGCAGAUUAUCUAUGGCGGAUUGUGCUGAUGUUCGGUGCCUUACCAGCUCUUUUAACAUUCUAUUGGCGGAUGAAGAUGCCCGAAACUGGUCGUUACACUGCUCUUAUUGAAGGAAAUGCCAAGCAAGCGGCGGCUGAUAUGGGUCGGGUUCUUGACACCGAACUCGAAGUUGAAACAGAGAAGCUUUCCCAAUUCAGGGCAGCAAACCAGUACUCGUUACUAUCCCAUGAGUUCUUCAAACGCCAUGGGCGUCAUUUGAUAGGUACAAUGACCACAUGGUUCUUGUUGGAUAUUGCUUUCUACAGCCAAAACCUAACCCAAAAGGACAUUUUCCCCUCUAUGGGUCUCGUCAAAAAGGCUUCUGAAAUCAACGCUAUUGAAGAAGUCUUCGAGACCUCGCGUGCCAUGUUCAUCGUUGCUUUGCUUGGUACAUUCCCGGGGUACUGGGUCACCGUCCUUUUCAUAGAAAAGCUUGGGCGCUUCAUCAUCCAACUAGUGGGCUUCUUCAUGAUGUCCUUGUUCAUGCUGAUUCUUGGCAUCAAAUACCAGUAUCUCAAGGAAGACAAUAAGUGGUUAUUUGCUGCUCUCUAUGGGCUAACGUUCUUUUUUGCGAACUUUGGCCCCAACAGUACAACCUUUGUGCUCCCAGCAGAGCUAUUCCCUACCCGGUUGAGGUCCACUUGCCAUGCACUAAGUGCAGCGUCAGGGAAGGCUGGAGCCAUGAUUGCGGCUUUCGUGGUGCAAACAUAUACAUUGGACCAGAAAGUAAGCUCAAUCAGGAUUGCCAUCAUGAUUCUGUCCUUUACAAAUAUGUUGGGAUUUUUUUUCACGUUCCUGGUACCAGAAACCAAAGGUCGCUCUUUAGAAGAAAUUUCGGGCGAGGAUGGUGGUGGCCAGAACGAGACUCAGAUGACCGCCAGGCGAUCGGUUACAAUGAAAGGAGGCGGCCAUUUGGAAGCCAUUUGAAAGUAAAUUAUUAGCUUUGGACGUUGAUGAUACGAUUACCAAGCUAGCUAGUUUUCAAGUGCGAGGAAAAAAGAAAAACUGUUUAAUAAGUGGGCGAAAGACGACAGUUUUUUGCCUUGUUUUGGUUUGCUUUUGAUUUGUCUGUUCUGUGAGUAAGAACUAAAGCCAUUACCAUCUAGCCCAUUUUAUGCUAUUGCCCAAGGGUUUUCCUUGUUCGUUUUAUAUGUAACCAUAAACUAUAAACAUAG